AAAUCGCUACGUUUUGCCUGUUGGUGAGUGAGAGGCCGAGGACUGAUCUGUGAGCAACCGGAGGAUUAAUGGUAGUUCUCCGGUAGACGGUACUUUUUACCGGUAAUCCUGUGUACUUUUACGGAUUGUCCCGUAUACUUGGACGCUUUAACCUGCCUUGUGUUGCUCUCGAUUCCAUCUUUUGUUCCAAAAUGGCCGCUGUUUGGUCGGAUUAGUUAGGUUUCACCAGCUGACGCUCACCAGGAAACAGCUGAUGGAGAGUGACUGUCGGAUCCCUGUGGCCUGCUGUCGUCCUCGAGUCCUUGUCCUCCACGCUCUGUUCUGGGGCCUCGUCUCUCUCAGAGUUUUUGGAGCAGCUCUGAGAGGAGAAGACAGAUCCACAGGUGUGAGGACGGCGCCGGAGCCCUGUUGGCUGCUGGAGGACUUUGUGGUGACGGAGGAGUGUGAACGCUGCAGUGACUUCAACUCAAGGUCUCAGUCGGCAUGUAAACAGACGGGAUACGUGGAGAGAGUCAACUGCACCAAGACCAGCAGAGAGGAGUACAAGAGCUGUCGCUCCGCCAUGAUGGACGAACACCUCUUCUGGAAGUUUGAGGCGGCCAUGUUGGCUCUGACGGCGGUCUUCGCCAUCGUGGUGGUGGUCCGCCAGCGCUGGCUCGACCGCCUCGCCUCGGAAAAAGUUCGGCGCCAGAUCGAGUCCAUCUAGACGGACCUGGACCAGAACCGAGGACACGGAUCCAGAUUCAGCGUUCACAUCUGAACUUUAUUUAAAGGAACUCUUGAUCCAGGAUCCUGCUGAACUCUCAGAGACCAGGGUCACCUCCUCCUCUCUCUGUGGUUAUUAAUGUGACGAGUUGACCUGACAUUGAUGUUCUCUGAUUGGACGUCGCUGCCUGCUGCGCUGUGAUUGGUCAGAGGAGACCUCAUCCAGAUGUUGGAGCUGCUCCUUUAAAACACCACAGAAGAAGAAAGGAGCUGGCGACGUCUUUGUGUAUUUUUCUAGACAUUGAAGUGAUUUAUUUAACGAGUUGGUCAACGAUGUGAUGUUUUACUGAACGUUUAAUCUUCAACAAUAAAGUGUUUGAAUGAGA